AUGCAGAAUAUAAAUCAAGAAAGCCGUCAGGGACCACAUGAGAAACGUUUACUGAAUCACCUGCUCUCCACAUACAACACACUGGAGCGACCUGUUGCAAAUGAAUCGGAUCCACUGGAAGUCAAAUUUGGGCUGACACUGCAGCAAAUCAUCGAUGUGCUCUUCAAUGUAGCCUGGGCAUCGUUGUAUCUGGAGGCCUGGAACGAUACUCCGUGGAGUUGGCCUUCGAUGGGGCACGUUGUCAACGCCCCCGAGCUACUCGAACCGCCUCGGCCGCUCUACAGAAUAAAUUUUAUUUGAGAACAUGUGACGGGUCGACUGGAGCCGAAGGAGGCGCCUGCCUGGCAACGUCGCGCCUUUCGCUAUUUGGUCAGCUUUCCUGUGAGACUCUGCCUUUGCCUGGUCUUUGCCGUAAUGUUUCUCAUGCUGCGUUUCCAGGAUUGGUGGGACUCCAAGCUGCCGGAGGAGAGUGUCCUGUGCUGUCUCAGUGUGAUACCGAAGGUUUUGCUGGCUGGUGCCAUUACCCUGAUGGAUGAGGCCUACUUUAAGCUGGCCGUGUGGCUCAACGAUCGCGAGAAUUAUCGCCUUCAAUCGAAGUACGAGAAUCAUUUGAUAGCCAAGGUGGCGCUCUUUCAAUUUGUCAAUUCAUUUCUGUCCCUAUUCUACAUCGCAUUUUAUCUGCGCGAUGAGGAAAAGCUCAAGGAGCAACUCGCUGGUCUGCUUAUCUCUCGCCAAAUUAUUGGCAAUUUACGAGAAUCGGCCAUUCCUUAUUUCCUGGAGCAAUGGAAGUUGGCUAAGCUGAGUUUUAAUAUGUGGGGUGCCUUAAGUCCCACACAGAACGUUAAUCGCAGUCUUGCCGAGGAACUUGCAACCGCCGAAGAGAAACUAAAGGCGGAGGCAGCUGCCAAGCCGGUAAAACAGGAGCAGCAACAGCAGGCUUCAAGUAAACGCAAUAUUGGACAGGCUGAGAUUGAGAGCUCUUUGUACAAAUACGACGGUACUUUCUCGGAUCACUUGGAGAUGCUUGUUCAGAUGGGUUAUGUCGUACUCUUUUCGGCUGCCUUUCCCUUGGCUGGUAUCUGUGCUUUGAUAAACAACCUGAUGGAAAUACGCUCGGAUGCCUUCAAGUUGGCUCAUGUGCAUCAGCGUCCGUUUGGACAGCGUGUGGCUAACAUUGGCACCUGGCAGAAUGCACUCAGCAUUUUGUCUCUAGCCGCGGUUAUUGUUAACUGUGCACUGAUUGGUUUGUCCGGCCAGGUGUCCCGGCUGUGGCCUGGCCUGACCACCGCACAGACCAUAAUAUUGAUUGUCACACUAGAGCACAUCAUGCUGGGACUGCGUCAGGCUCUUACCUGGCUGUUGCCGGAGCUGCCCUCCUGGUUGGCAGCGGAGAUUGCACGUGCCGAGCAUUGUCGUCGUGAGAUGCAGUGCAAGGGCACCUCACCACGACCCACACCACCGACGCCGCCGUCAACCACAUCCACACAACCGGAGCAGGAUUGCACGGGCGGCAACACAACGCACGAUCAAUCCAUGGAGAGUCAGCUGGCAGAGGAUAUGCUGCUCUAUGGACCUGAAAUGGCCGCUGCACGCUUUGGCCGCAGCAUUGAGGCGGAUGUCAACAUUUACGAGAAUCGCGACUCCUCGCCGGACUCACCUCCAUCGCAGACUAGCACAAUACUCAUAAGACCCUUGCACGAAUCCACGCCGCCGCAUGGAGGCGCCUCACUCAGCAGUUUGCACCAAGAUGGCAACGGCGGCGCUUGUAAGAGUUGUAGAAAAAAGUCGCAAAUCUUCAUACCGGAUAUACCACCAUUUCUUGGAUAUUCGGUACGCAAUUUGAGCGCUCUGCCGAUACAGAGUCAAAGAGUAAAACAACAACAGCUGCUCAUCGGCGCUUCAGCCAGCACGCUAGCUCUGAACUCUGCCGCUGCCAGCUUUGCUCCGCGCCUGCAAUCGAUGCAGAUUCAAGAGAUUCCUCCAUUCCGUAAGAAAUCUAGUGAUUCGGCUGAUCACACUGGCAGCAGUACCAGCAGCAGUCCACAGCGUGCCUCGAUGCGGCAGCUGCAACUACAACAACUACAGCACCCACAACUACAACAACAACAGACGUCGAAGAUAUCGGAGAUUCCGCCGUACAGCAAGACGCGUAAAAUCUCCGCCGAGAGCGCAUCUCACUUUCCAAUGAGCGAUAAACUACACAUAAAACUUCACGCACCUGAAUGGAUGUCCCGUUUAAAAGUCAACGACAAUCCGAACCUGCAUAGAAGCAUAGAUUGCAUUGCCAAGGAACUCACAAGCAAUGUCGACAACACGGAUAUCCUAAAACCUGCGCCAUCCUGGAGCAAUGUGGCAUUGAAGACCGGCGCAUCUGGCAGCAUGCUAGCCACGCCUCCCGCCUCCCAGCAACAGCAGCAAAUUGUGGCAUCAUCGUCUUCAUCUUCGGGUGGCGGCGGCAGCGUGUUUAGUCCCAGUGGCAUCGGGCCUGGCGCCUCCAGCAUCAUCAGUAAUUCUCAGUCACGACCCAGUGUGGGCGCUCUAUCAAAUUCCUCAUCGAGCUCAUCACAGAAGCAGCAGCAAAAGCAGGCGAAAGAAGAGCGAGAGAAGGAAAAGGAAAAAGAGAAGGAAAAAGAGAAGGAAAAGGAGAAGGAAAAGGAGAAGGAAAAAGAGAGGGAAAAGGAACUGGAACAGGCAGCUGCUUCCACUGCAUCCACAUCUGCGGGCAAUACUGAUGAUGAGGCUAAAGCAGCGGAAUUGGCCGCCAAGAAAUCGCGACUAAAGCAAAAACUGGUCAAGAGUGCGCGCUCUGUGGCGAUUUUUUCCCUCAAGCUGAAGGAGCGUCGACAGCGUGAGGCGGAAAAGGCAGCAACGAUUGCGGUGGAGCAUGCCAAGGCUUUAGCCAAGUUGCCAGUGCCUCAGGCUGUGGGCGGCGAACUGUCAUUAAUUCCCAUCGAGCAACUAAUACAAAUUGAGGAUAUCAAACCUGCGAUCAAACCCUCAACGACAACAACGAGUUCAUCCUCCACACAAGCAGGUUCUUCUAUGCAUUAUCAUCAACAUCAUCAUCAACAGCAGCAGCAGCAGCAGCCGCAGCAGCCGCAGCAGCAUCAGCAUCAUCCUUAUCCACACACAGACAACUAAGCUUAACUUUAAUCAAACUAAGUCCAAUCUAAAGUGAACUAUAUAUUAGCAACCCCUUUUCCCGCCCUGCGCACAUUGUAAAUAGUUUUCUAAGCACAAAUCAUACAGUCCAGUUUUAAAAGGUAUUUCACAAAACAUAUUGAUGAUAUGAGCAAUUGCUGAAUGUGUGUCUUGUCCAGAGUUGGAAGCAACUAAAUAACUUAACAUACUUAGAAGUUAAUACCAAUAACAGAUAAGUAAUUAAUUGAAAUAACAAAUCAAAACUAUUUCACUUGCGGCACAAUGUCGUCAUUGCAGUUGGCGAAAUUGUAAUUCAAGUGUUUUCCACGCUCACAAAUCGCAUAAUCGUAUAUUGUUAAUCGAAUGAAACGAAUUUUGUUUAGCGUUUAGCAGUUAAUGUUUUGUUGGUAGUUAAUGUUGUUAGCAUAAUGCUGAAAAGCCAAAAAAAAAAAAAUGAUAAAAUAUGUUGAAAGUUGAUGUUACGUUUUGCAUUUAUGUUGCCAGUAAGCGAUAUUACUAAUACUUAUGUAAGCAGUCACAUGCACACAAACACACACAUCGACUCUACUGUGAUGGAAGCGCCAGAGGUCAGAGGUCACGUGUCGUCCAUUGUUCCUUCCAUACUCUUAAUACACAUACUGUUAAAAGUUGGAAAUAAUACCAGGAUUAUCCGCCGCACUCGCUUGAUAAAACUCAACAAAAAUCUAUUUACAAAAACUAAAACUAUUUUACUUUAUUUUUUGCUUGAGCAAUUCACGAAUACUUACUUAUAUAUUUGUACUUACAAUUUAGCCCGUACAUAGAAACAGGCAAAGCAACUCUAACGAUGGAUAUAUUUGUACAUAAUGUUUAGCAUUUAAGUGUCAACGACAACAUUUACA